GUGAAUGAGGGAAAAAAGUAAGGCGAACCAGCAACGACGAGGGCGUAUGCAGAUUGCCUCGUUCCACAAGCUUCUUAUACAUAUCUCACGGCUAGCCUCAAUCGAGAUCGCAUUGCCUCUGGGUAUUCAAUUGAGAACAUGGUCACUCACUGCCCGGACCGAAAUUCAAUCCAGGGGUAUUUGAUUAUAACUUCCUAGGCACGGUCGAAGGCAUGAAUAUCUGCAAGCAGGGAUAACGCGCAGCAAGAGGCUUAGCGCGUGGGCACGCCACCUGCAAGUACUUGAAGUCCAUCAGUGGACUUGAAGUCCUUCUUUCCUUCUCACAUUUUCCACGGCACAAAUUGAAAGGUUGAAGAUCACCUUAUGGAAUCCAUCCCCGAGUCAACCGAUCGUGAUGCUCAUGGAAGUAAAGUUGAAGAAAUUCUUGUCAGGGCCUUGAGUUAUUUAUCGCCAACAGAUAUCAUCAAGUCAGAGGUAAUUGAUACCGUGUCAUUACCCUAAUAUUAGGCCUCGCUGACUUAGAAGCAGAAACUAGAAGCUUCUUUCAGAGAAUUCCUUGAGCGAGGUACCGCAGAAAAUUGCUGGCGACUCGUUCCACUACUUCACAGAGAAGUCUUUUCGGCUAGACCCAAGAGUCCACUUGGAAUUGAUGUAUCAAACUUUCCUCCGUCGAAUUCUUCGCACGACAACUCCCCCUCGAGAGCAUCCGCUGCUCCACAAGACACCCCCUUGACAGCUCCUCCAUCAAGCACCGUCUCAUCCAGCAAUCCUAUCUCAGAGCCCACAUCACAGUGUCAUUCCUCACCAAACACUAUUAUUUCGGCCAGUACACUAUCCGGUGCAGCUCUGUUGACGGAGGUUGUUCCUAGGCCUGCGAGUGCGGAUGCUUCUUCAUCAGGCUCUAACGGUAUCGCUGCGGCGUACUUUGAAAAAAUCCUUGGGCAUGAUAAGCAGAUUCGUGUGCAACGUUUGGUUCGAACUGUUCGUGGCCUAGAAAAGGCCGCAGCACUUCCCUUGCAGUCUUACGAAAGGCUGUGGUCAACCAAGGGGAAGAUAUUUGAAGGUUCCGAAACUGGCCCCAGCGGGAGACUCUGUCGGCUACAGCGAGGUCGCCAGAAGAUAAGGCAGGGAAAUGGAGAGUAUGAAUGUGCAAGCCGCCUCAGCCUUUUGUUCUUGGCCAAUGAUGUAGACCACAUAUAUUCAUCGAACAAGCUAAAACUUUCGUCUGGUCGGGGCCGGAAGACGAUUGCCUUCGAAGAGCUCGCCGAAAGCUCCGGCAUUUCCUUGAACACCCUGAAGGAUGACUACAAGAAAAGCAGAGGCUACAUGCAACUACUUGCUGAGGAAGGUCCUGGUUCUGUUCUCGAGGUUGGGUCGGAGGUCACCGCUAAGUGAGUUCCAAUUGACUUUUAUGCCACUGAAGGCUAACACAUGUUCGAUGAUGUAGUUGGGAGAAGAACUUGACGAAGGAGGAUAUAAGACUUGUCAUUCAGUAUCGGGAAGACAAGCUUCCCGAUCUAGGGAAGCGCGCCAGAUCGUUAAACGCCCCCGCUGCACGCGCCAUUGUUGACGGGCUUCUGGCAUAUGGCUGGACCUACCCUGAAAUCCUUUCGAUACGCAGCGAAUUGAUGAAACAUGUUACACCAUACUUGGAGAUGGACAAGUUAGCCAAUGACAUGGCACAAAAGUCCGAAAAAGCCAGCCUUAACGGAGAUACUGAUCUGUCUUCAAAGAGAAGAUAUGGUGAUGACAUCGACGUUGAUAGUGCAAAGAUAUGCCCACGAUGUUGUUCAGAGCCAGCAGCAGAGGUUAUUCGACCAGUAUCAAAACCCAUAUCCAAACUCGCCCCUACUCCCAUUGCCCCCGAUUACGGGCGGUACGCCGUUUGUCAAUACAGGACAUCCACAGAUCUGGCCUGCCAGCUUUUCACACCAGCAAAUGCCAAUGUGGACUUCGCCAGAACCAGGCCCGAUAAGUUCACUGGCGCAAGCUCAGCACGGGUUACAUGA